AGCUGCCUGCCAUCCCAAAGCCCAGCUGCAAGCCAGUGUGGUGAGGGCUCCACCUCGGCCGCCUGCAUGGAAGCCAGGCGGCAGCGGUGCCCACCUGGGGUCCUGUGGCUGGCCUUUGCCUCUCUGAUAAGCUGUCUGCUUGUCCCUGGCCAAGCCAAGAUCUACAGUCGCUGUGAGCUGUUCAGAGUGCUGCAGAUUUUGGGCCUGGAGGGAUAUGAGGGCUACAGCCUGGCUGACUGGAUCUGUCUAGCUUAUUACACAAGUGGCUUCGAUACAGAACUUGUGGACCAUGAACCUGAUGGAAGUACCAACAAUGGCAUCUUCCAGAUCAGCAGCCGGAAGUGGUGCAGAAAUAUCAAGCAGAAAGGCCCAAAUCGCUGCCACAUGUACUGCACCGACUUGUUGAAUUCCAACCUCAAGGACAGUGUUGUGUGUGCCAUGAAGAUAAGUCAAGAGACCCAGGGUCUGAGCAGCUGGGAGGCCUGGAGGCAUCACUGCCAGGGCCAGGACCUCAGUGACUGGGUGGAUGGCUGUGACUUCUAG